GCUCCUAGCGGCCGUCGAUGGAGCUGUCCGGGCUGGCGCAGGCCCGCGGAGAGGCCGCCGAGCCCUUCCUCUUCCCGUGGGCCGACGGGGCCGGGCCCACCAGGAUGCAGUUCGUGUCGGCGCGGCCGCUCUGCAUCCCCGCCCCCGACGGGUCCAGGCCCGGACCCCCGGGACCCCCGGGAGCCCCCCCGGGACCCCCCCCGGGGGCGCCCGCCCAGGACCACCGCGCAUGGGCGUGGGACGACCUCUGCCCCCGGGAACAGUCGCCCAGGGGAGACAUGGCUGAAGCCAUCCCGCCCGUGCAGGCCCAGGAGUGGGACAUGGACGCCCGGCGGGCGAUGCCCUUCCAGUUCCCGGCCUUCCCCGAGAGGGCACCCGUUUUCCCCGACCGGAUGAUGAGGGAGCCCCAGCUGCCCCCCGCCGAGAUCUCCCUGUGGACCGUGGUGGCCGCCAUCCAGGCCGUGGAGCGCAAGGUGGAGGCCCAGGCCAGCCAGCUCCUGAACCUGGAGGGCCGGACGGGCACGGCCGAGAAGAAGCUGGCCGACUGCGAGAAGACGGCGGCCGAGUUCGGCAACCACGUGGAGGGCAAGUGGGCCGUGCUGGGCACCCUGCUGCAGGAGUACGGGCUCCUGCAGAGGAGGCUGGAGAACGUGGAGAACCUGCUGAGGAACAGGAACUUCUGGGUCCUCCGCCUCCCCCCGGGCAGCAAGGGGGAGGUCCCCAAGGUCCCGGUGACGUUCGUCGACAUCGCGGUUUAUUUCUCCGAGGACGAGUGGAAGAACUUGGACGAGUGGCAGAAGGAGCUCUACAACAAUCUCCUGAGAGAGAACUAUAAAACCCUGAUGUCCUUGGGAGAGGACCCAGAGGAAUCCGUGCCCAAGCCCGACACUCUCUCCCGGGCAGAGCCGAGGGACGAAUCGUGCGCGUGGGAGCAGAACGAGCCUCAGGCGAGGGAAAUCCCGAUGGAUCCAGGCCCAGGAGCAGAGGCCCUGAUCCCCGUGGCGGACCCCUCCGCUCAGGUGAAGCGGGAGGUGGCCCUCGGGGUCAGGGGUCAGCGGGGCCCAGGGGAAGGAGAGCCCUCCGCGGACCCCGGCAGCGCAGACUCUCCGAUUUCCACCCACGACAUCUUGUCCCGGAUCAAACAGGAGGAGCAGCCCUGUGUCUGGGAUCAGCAGGACCUGGCCGACAGGGAAAUCCCCCCGGAUCCCGGCUCCUGCGAGAGGACAGCGGCGAAGCAUCCUGGGAUGGAAGCGUGCCAGCCCGGCUGCAUCUCACCAGACUCUCUGAUUUCCGCCCACGAUAUCCUGUCGUGGAUUAAACAAGAGGAGGAGCCUUACAAUUGGGGUCCGCAAGAGUCCAUGGACAGAGAUCUCACCGUCGAUCCAGGCGCCGGUGACGGGCUCCUUCCGGCCAGGGGCUCGGCCCAGCCCGCACCCCCGCCGCCCCAGCCGCCCUUCCCCCCGCCCGGCCCGCGGGGGCCGGGGGGCCCGAGUCCGGACGGGGGCGGCUUCCCGGGGCCGGGGGAGCGGGGCGCCCGCGAGGGCCAGCGCGGGCCGGGGGCCGGGGGCGGCGGCGGUCUGGGGGGCCUGCGGAGCCUGUUCCUGCCGCCGGCGGGGGCGGGGGCCGGGCGGGAGAAGCCCUACCCGUGCCCGGAGUGCGGGAAGCGGUUCGGCGUGCGCAAGAGCCUGAUCGUCCACCACCGGAGCCACACGAAGGAGCGCCCGUUCGAGUGCUCCGAGUGCGCCAAGAGCUUCAACUGUCACUCGGGCCUGAUCCGCCACCAGAUGACCCACCGCGGCGAGCGGCCCUACCAGUGCCCCGACUGCGAGAAGACCUACAGCCGCAAGGAACACCUGCAGAACCACCAGCGGCUACACACGGGCGAGCGGCCCUUCCACUGCGCCCUGUGCGGCAAGAGCUUCAUCCGCAAGCAGAACCUGUUGAAGCACCAGCGCAUCCACACGGGCGAGCGGCCCUACCAGUGCCCCGACUGCGGCAAGAGCUUCCGCUACAAGGAGUCGCUCAAGGACCACCUGCGGGUGCACGGCGCCGGCCUCGGCCCCUCCCGGCCCCACCAGACGCUGGACAGGGACUAGGGCCCGGCCCCCCGCAACCCCUCACCCCAGGACCCCCCGGGAAGGCGGGCGCGGGCGGGACCCCUGGGAUCGCGGCGGGGAGGACCCGCUCCCCCGCCACCGCGUCCCGCCGCCCCCAGCGGGAACGGAAGCGGCCGGGGGAGGGUCGGGGGGCCGGGCCUGCCCACGUGCCGUCGCCCCCGCCCCGAUGGUGCUAUACAGACGUUACCGUGAUUCGGGGAGACCGGGGAGGGGCCGGGGGCGGUGGCCCCUGACUGGCAUGGCACCCUGGGGGGCGAACGGGGAGGGCGCGUGCCGAGGGGAAGAGGCCAGGGGUGAAAUCGGGGUCGCCCUCAUCAUCAGGGUCCGCCGGGCCGGAGCGGGGUCGCCCAGCCCCGCUCGGGGAGCGCCGGGUGGACGAGGUGGAAGGACGAGGGCACCCGGGCUUCCCCGGGGAAGGGGCCGGGCUGCCGGAGCGGGCGGCCGGAAUGUGGUUUGAUGGCGGACGGUCUGGUCCCCAGUCGCCCGGUCAUCUCCCCCGGCCCGGUACGGAUGCGGGAUUUCCGUCCGGGGUCGUACGGCGAACGUCCGACCUCCCUCGGCCCCAGCUCCCGGCCCCGCAUUCGGCGACUCGGGACGGGACCCCGCUCCCGGGGACCCCGGGAGCAGAAAGCCCGGGCUCCGGAAGAAGCGGCGGGGGGGCCCUGGGGGCCCUCGGUGGGACCCGCACGAAGCGGCGCCGUCCGACGGGCCCCCCGGGGGCCGCCAGCGGCCACCCUGCACCUGAGAGCGGGCACGCCCCGCGGUGUCCGUGUGCGGUGGGCUCAGCGUCGCGUUUUGCUCAGAGACCCCCGGGCCCGGAUCCCGUCUCCCCCGAAACUCCCCCCGCCCCCACCACGAGCCCUGCCAUUCGGUGUUCUCUGCCCCCGAGGCCCCGAGCCCUCCUCGGAAGGGACUUACCUUCGACGCUGGCCAGGGGGCACCCCGCCGUUGGGGGGUGGGUGAGGGGUUCGGGGGGGCCUUCUCUGGCUCCGGGUCUUGCAUGGCACGUGCUGGGGCUGGGGAAGGGGAUACUUCCACUCCCUCCCCAGCUUGUAUAAAGGUUCACUUUUCACUCCCAAGCUGACACUGCUCCCUGGGAAGCGGGGCGAAGCGAGAACACCCUCC